AUGGAUAUUACUGAUUUGCCUCCCCGGACUGUGCAAUUUCUUAAUGAACAUGACAGACUUAUUGAUCAAAAUGUGGAAUACGAAUGGAUGCCUAUAAAAUGCAAGAAUUGUGGUGGUUAUGGACAUGGAAUGGCAGAUUGCAGGAAUGAGGAAAAGGUUGAAUGGGUUAAAAAGGCUAAAAAUACGAUAGAGAAGAAAAAGGAGAAAGCUACUGAGGCGAAAACUGAAGUUAGUUUAGAAAAGCAUGCACUUAUUACUACUAUUUCUGAAAAUAAAGUGACAAAUAGUAAGAUUGCUAACAGUAGCAGUGGGAAUGAAGCUAAUAAAAGCUCUACUUGGCAAACCCCGAAGAAGACAGUUGCAAGAUGCUUAAACAUGAGGAAUGGCAUGAAGGAUACUAUGCAGGAAGCUGAAACUAGUCAACAAGACAAAUUAAAGAAUGCUUAUGAGGCUUUACAAGAGCAGCCUAGAGAGGAUUUUAAGGGAGGAUUUUGUACUACUUUUGUCUAUGGCUCUAAUUCUCUUGAGGAAAGAAAAGAUCUUUGGAAAGGCCUUUGUAACCUUAAGCUUCAUGUGAAGCCGUGGCUUAUCUUGGGGGAUUUUAACUCAGUUUUUCACUAUUCAGAUAGAAGUGGAGUCAAACAAGUUUCAAAGAAGGAGAUCGAGGAUUCUAAUAACUGGCUUGCUUUGGGUUUAGUUGACUGGUUGUCUAGUUUAGGAUCUCAUUUUACUUGGACUAAUAAUCAGGAUGAUUGGUUAGAUGCUUUCCCCAAUUCUUCGGCUACUUUUCAAUGGGAAACUACUUCGGAUCAUUGCUCUUGUGUAGUCUCGUCUACUCAACCUCAGAACAUUGGUGUUAAAAAAAUUCGUUUCUUUAAUUUCUGGUCUUAUCAUGCUAGGUUUAAAGAAACUGUUAUGGAUAAUUGGACUUUACCGGUGAGAAGUGCUGGUCUCAAAGCUAUUUAUUUGAAGCUUAUGAGACUAAAACACACCCUCAAGAGGUUUAACAGGGAUUCAAUUGGUGAUGUGGAUGCUAAUUUUCACAAAGAAAAAGGGCAUUAUCAAGAAACAAGAGCUGUUGCUCAAGCCCACCCGAAAGAUCCUGGUUUUCAAAAAGAGGAAUCUGAUGCAUCAAAAGACUAUAAUUUUAAGGCUGAAGUAGUUGACCAUUUUGUCAAGCAUUUCCAUAGUUACAUGGGAAGUCAUAGUUCAGCCAACAAGAAGAUGGAUUUAAGCUGCAUAGCUGUUGGGAACAAGCUUGAUGUGAUGCAAUAA